AUGGGAGACGAAGCUGCACCACCUAUAAUAAUUCCAACAAACUAUGGACGUAUUGACGAAUUUGAUGACAUUUCAAAAGAUUGGAUACAAUACACUGAAAGACUUAACCAUUAUUGUAUUGCAAAUAACAUUGAAAGUAUGGAAAAGCAACGAGCAAUUCUUUUAAGUGCCUGUGGUAAAAAGACAUAUAAACUUAUGAGGAAUUUGGAAGUGGAACCGGAAAAGGACAAUGAGUUACAAGACUUGCUAAGAAAGUACCCUCAAGUAUUUAAAGAAGGACUAGGCACAUUAAAAGGAAAUAAAGCAAGGAUUUAUGUAGAUAAAGACGCUACACCUAAAUAUUUCAAAGCAAGGCCAGUGCCGUACGCACUCAAAGAAAAAAUUGAAAAAGAACUCGAUAGAUUGCAAAAAGGGCGAAAUAUCGAAAAGGUUGAAUUUUCCGAAUGGGCUGCGUCCAUAGUGCCAAUAGUAAAACCAGACAAAUCAGUAAGGAUGUGUGGGGACUACAAAGUAACUAUUAACCAAGUGUCUAAACUUGACAAUUAUCCGAUCCCUAAAACCGAUGAUCUUUAUGCAACAUUAAGUGGGGGACAAGCUUUUUCCAAGCUAGAUCUGAGCCAGGCCUAUCAACAAAUUGUACUCGACGAGGAGUCACGUAAAUAUGUAACAAUCAACACGCAUAACGGAUUAUAUCAGUAUAAUCGUUUGCCGUUUGGAGUUUCAUCCGCACCGGGAAUAUUUCAAAGAACAAUGGAAAAUUUGUUGCAAGGAAUCCCGAGAGUUGUUGUGAGAGUAGACGACAUUAUUAUCACUGGAAGUUCAAAGAGUGAACAUUUAAACAAUUUAGAAACUGUAUUACGCAAGAUACAGGAAUCAGGUAUGAGACUCAACAAGGACAAAUGCGUAUUUCUAGCACCUGAAGUAGUGUAUUUAAGUCAAAGAAUUGAUCAAUAUGGAAUAUAUCCUGUUGAAAACAAAUUCAAGGCGAUCACAGAGGCACCGGAACCUAAAAAUGUUACCGAGUUAAAAUCGUACUUAGGAAUGCUUAACUACUACAACAGAUUUUUGCCGGAUUUAUCUUCAAAACUAGCACCGAUACAUGAACUGUUGAAAAAGGAAAAACAAUGGGAAUGGGACAAAUCACAACAAGAGGCUUUUGAACUAUCAAAAACUUUACUAAAAUCUUCUAAAGUGUUGGUACAUUAUGACCCGAACAAGGACAUUUUUCUAUCGUGUGAUGCUUCAACUUAUGGAAUAGGAACCGUCCUGUCGCACAAAAUGGAAGAUGGAUGUGACAGACCGGUUGAAUAUGUUUCGUGCACGCUAGCACCCGCCGAGAGGAAUUAUAGUUUUCUUGAGAAGGAGGGAUUAGCCGUUAUAUUCGCACUAAAGAAAUUUCAUCAAUAUUUGUUUGAUAGAAAACUCACCAUUUAUACAGAUCAUAAGCCAUUGAUAGGAUUAUUUAACGAAAAUAAGUGUAUUCCACCAAUGUCAGCCGCAAGAAUUCAGCGUUGGGCUUUGACACUGUCCGCAUAUGAAUAUAAGAUAGUUUACAAAGAAGGAAAGAAGAAUUCUAUCGCUGACGCACUAAGCCGUCUACCAUUAAACCGAGUAGGGAAAACGGAAGUGCCCGCAGAAAUGAUCAUGCUUAUGGAUCACAUGGAUUCUACGCCGGUUACUGCCCAGCAAAUUAAAGCAUGGACACGCAAGGAUCCGAUAUUGGGACAAAUAACUAACUAUGUUUUGAAAGGUUGCCCAAAUUACAGAGAUAUAAAUGAUGUAAUGAAGCCAUAUUUUAGUGGAAAAACAGAGUUAAGUGUAUUUGACAGUUGCCUUUUGUGGAGAAAUAGAGUUGUUAUUCCAAACCAUGGAAGGGAAAUUAUUCUUCAAGAACUACACGAGGGUCAUCAAGGAAUUUCACGUAUGAAAGUACUUGCGAGAGGUUAUGUCUUGUGGCCAAAUAUGGACGCAGAAAUUGAACAGACAGUUCGUGCAUGUCACAAGUGUCAAGUCAAUCGACAUGCUCCACCAGAAGCUCCAAUGCAUCCUUGGGAAUGGCCGUCAAACUCAUGGUCAAGGAUACAUAUGGAUUAG